UGUUUAGUGAUUCUGUCGAGACAUUUCGUCAAACAUGAUUUGAGCAACAGAAGGAAAACUCUCCCUUUCCUUCUUCAGCUCCCAAACUUCCCUCUCAUAAACCACAACAACAAACUCCCGCCAACUUCCAUUUGCAUAAUUUUCACAACUUCCUCACUAUUCCUUUUACCUUUAUCCAUUUAUUUGCCAUUUGUUCAUGCCAAAAGGUGGAGAAACACAAUUUUGAUGAUGUCCAGUUUUCUUCAUUCAACCGCACAGAAUUUGUUGCUGUCUCCGUUUUCAGGUCGGAUAGAAACGCUAACACCGGUUUCCGGCAGAGCCCGUUUCUGCAAUUUUACGUUUCAGAAGCCCUCACUGAGGGGCCGCAAUUUUGGGAUCGUGCGGUGCGGUUUGGGCCAGGUUCCAUUUCCUGAACCGGAAAAUGCUGAGUUCCUAAUCAAGGAUUUGUUUGGUAGAGUUGAAGGGCUUCUAUACACAAGUGCUGAUGCUGCUGUGAGUUCUUCCGAUGCAGUUGGUACAACCAAGCAGAAUAGUGAUUGGCUUUCUGGGAUUACGAAUGCCAUGGAAGUUGUUUUGAAGAUUCUUAAAGAUGGGCUUUCCACUCUGCAUGUUCCCUACGCUUAUGGUUUUGCUAUCAUUUUAUUGACGAUGCUCGUUAAGGCUGCCACUUUUCCUUUGACAAAGAAACAGGUGGAAUCAGCAAUGUCCAUGCAGUCUUUGGCACCUCAGAUAAAAGCUAUUCAGGAACGAUAUGCUGGAGAUCAGGAAAGGAUUCAACUCGAAACAGCUCGGCUGUACAAACUAGCUGGUAUAAAUCCAUUGGCAGGAUGUCUUCCUACGCUUGCCACUAUUCCCAUAUGGAUUGGACUUUAUAGAGCUCUUUCUAAUGCAGCCGAUGAGGGAUUGUUAACGGAAGGCUUCUUCUGGAUACCCUCACUAUCUGGUCCGACAACUGUUGCUGCUAGGCAAACUGGUAGUGGUACCACUUGGCUUUUCCCCUUCAUUGAUGGCCAUCCUCCUCUUGGGUGGUCAGAUACUUUGGCAUAUCUUGUCUUGCCUGUUCUUUUGAUUGUUACUCAAUACAUCUCUGUACAGAUCAUGCAACCGCCACAGAGUAAUGAUCCAAAUGUCAAGAAUUCUCAAGCCAUAACGAAGUUGCUACCAUUGAUGAUUGGAUAUUUUGCUCUCUCGGUUCCUUCUGGUUUAAGCCUUUACUGGCUUACAAACAACAUCCUGAGUACAGGACAACAGGUAUGGCUACGUAAAUUGGGUGGUGCAAAAAGUCCUAAGCAAAUUGUUGAUGACAGUAUCGAGAAAGAGCCAAUCCAAACACUAAAGUCCAUAUCCGUAGCACCACCAGCCAAAAAGGUGGUUGAGAAAGAAGAAAAACUAACUCCAGAAGGGUUUCGUCCGGGUGAAAGGUUUAAACAACUAAAGGAACAAGAAGCUCGAAAAAAAAGGCAAAGAGAGGAAGAGUUGAGGAAAUCUGAGGAGGCAGCAGCUAACGGACUUCAGAUUACAAAUGGCAAAGUAAAUAAAGAAAUCACCCCACCUGAGGGGGAGACCAGUCCUUCUAACAUUGAUAGCUUCUCUGUGAAUGCUAAUAAUGUCAAGCCAGAAUCGAAGGAUGAUGAGAGGUCAUCUGCUGAUAGAGAAGAAAAUCCUGAUAUUUGAGAAGAUCGGAAGAAUGAAAGAAGUAAUCUGCCUAUGGACAAAAAUAUUGAGAAGACUGGAUAUCUAGGAUUUAAGCCCUUUGCUACAUUUGAAAGCACAGAGACAUGUUCGAGAAGAAAAUGAUAGCGCAGAGGGGACAACUAAGCCAGUGCAGAGAGAGGCUCUCCGUUAUCCUAGAGCAUCUUCUUAUACUUGGGUUGUUUUGCGAUGUCUAGUCACAUUUUGAUCACAGUUGCUGAAGAAUGCAUGAGCUUUGGCUGUUACUUGGAAUCAUGUAUAUUUCAUUAGAGAUGAGAAUGAUAUACAACUAGAGAGGGGGAGAGAGUUAGUGAAUUUUUGUAGCAGUGUAGAAUAUGAGUUGGGCAAUUAUUCCUAUAUUAGUGAGCUGGGAAAUUCUCAUUAAAAAUAUGUUACUUGCAACUCCCUUUUUCAAAUAAAACACAUAGAAAGUAUACUUUGAUUCUAAUACAAGUAUGAAUUGUUUGUGUAA